AUGUUUUGCUACUGCUGCGAAAGCAUUCCAGAGGUGACAGUGGAGGUGCACUCCUCUCCCGUCCUGAAUGAGGACGGCCUCGCCGUUUCAGAACCACCAUCACAGGGAGCUUUCACUGUGAGUUUGGAGCUGGAAGAUUUAAAGCCUCGCUUGUUAGGCGUUGCCCUCGAUAGCACCGAGGAGAAAAACCUCAUGAUCGUGGGUAUCUUUGAUGGAAUCAUCAAGAAGUUUAACGAGAAGUUCCCUCGCCAGGGUGUGAAACAGUUUGACAAGAUCACUGCUGUGAACGGCAAACGGGGUUCGGCCAAUGAGAUGCGGAGGAUGAUGGUCUCUGCCAUUGCCGAUGAAACAUUAGAUUUGCUGCAGCUCACCAUCCGGCGCCCCACUGAAAUACAGGUGCAGCUGGAGAGACCGGGCACUUUGGGCCUACAGGUGAACUACACCGACCUGCUGGGUGGGGUUCUCAUCAGCAAGAUCGUCCCAGAUGGCCUCGUCGAUCGCUGGAAUGCCGAUCCCAAGAACCCCUUGGUGUCUGUGGGGGACCGCAUCAUCGCGCUGAACGGGGAGGACUUGAAAGGUGAUGACCUCCUGGAGCGUCUCAAGAACGACCCCGAGCUGAUUUUAUCAGUGCUACACUAUUGA